CAGUGGAUCCCCGGGAGUGGGACGCACCCCUCAGCCUCCUCCAGUGGCCCUGGAGAGCCGAGCAUCUCUCCCCCUCGGGCUCCAGGUCGCUUCGCCGCGUCCAACUCAGGCUGCGUCCUAGGAAGCUACCUCGCCCCGCCCCCUCUGGGCCGCCGUGAAAACGUGGCAGAGUGGAUCGCCCGGGGCAACCCACUGGCGCUGCCCGGGCCGGGCCGUGCACGCUCGGGCCGGGGUUGCGGGCCCGGGAGCGAAGUACAGGACGGUAGGAAGCUGCAGCCCUGCGAGUGGGCGGGGCGAGGAGGCUCGGGAGGGCUCAAAAGGAGGUGGAGGGAUACGCGGGCCGCAGUCGGAACUACUUUCCGAAGGAGGUCACGUGUGUUCCUAGUUGGGGAACUUUCCAAAUUCCCACUCCCCUCCGAUAGCUCCAGAGGCAAGUGCCUUGCUGCCUUUGCCCUGGGGGCUCCCGCCGGGUGCGGACAGCGGGACCCCAGCCCGGUCCGGGUCGCGGCGGGAAAAGCAGCUCAGACGAGCCUCCCGAAGGAGCGCAGUCGGGGCCGGCGCUUGGGGAGCUGGUUACACAAGCACUCACAUCCAAGCACGUGCCCCCGCCUCCCCGCUCGCUGGCCGCAGCCUAUUCUCACAGACCGCGGGAGAGUCCCCGGGCUGGUCCCGCUCCUCGCAUGCUACCCACAGAGCAAGCCAAAGGCCGAGCCCCGAGACUCCCUGCUCUGGAUCGACCUUCGGGGCGCGUUCCCAAACGUGGGAAAAGGAGCUGGGCGCCAGGGGUCUGGGGCAUCUCCCUCGCUGGUGCCUGCCACUGCGGGUGAACCCUUCCAGUUCUGUGCUCGCGGGACAAAAGGGUAUCUCCUGCUGCAGUCCGCUGCUUGGAUGGGCCGAUGUUGCAAUAAACUUCCAGUCACUGCCCUGAGCUGGUGAGCGCGCCCCACCUACUGUAGACUCAGCCAAGUGACUUAUCUGGUCUGAGAACCUAGUCAGAGGCCGUCAGCGCCAAACAAACCUGUCAAGUCUGCCUACAGUCCCGAUUGGUUGACCUAGCCCCCGUGGGAAAGCUGGUUCGGAAAUGCUGAGAGCCGCAGUGCAUUUUCCGCGACUUCAGAAAGCGGUAAAGCAAAUAGUCCACUGUAUGCUUGAAGAGAAUGGGCAUCAAUCAACACCAAUCUAAGAACUUCUUUUUCUUUCCUUGGGGAGGUAGAACUCAAGGUGACAAUUUGAGUCCAGAAAUAUCUUUCUUGAAACCUAGGCUGAGGCACUGGGUCAUUUUUCAAAAUUUGGGAUAAUGAGAAUCAAUGUGUGUUGCCAUACUUGUGAGUAGUGCCAAGUAAGGUCUAAAGAGGAUAUAUGCAGUGCAUGAGAAAGAAGAUUGUAUGUGUGCACUUCAUAGUUGCAGGCAGCCCCUGAAGACUAGAAACCCCAAGAGGCCUAGCUCAGAAAGCCACAGGCCAUUACCUAACUCCAAGACUACUAAUUAAACCUGGGAUAUUUACAGUAUUCUUAGAGAUCUCUGAGGCUCCAUAAAACUUUGCACUUAUAUACAAUUUCUUUUUAAGAUAGCUCUCCAGGAGUUAACCUGCUGAAAGUUCAAUAUUGAUAUUUAUUGAAGGAUGGUUUUGUGCAUGGUUCUGGUUAGCUUGGGAGAGGCAGGGACCCCAAGUGGAAAAGGAAAUGGAAAGAAAACUGAAAAGAGUAGGAGAAAGGUCUCCAUUUGAUUUCCAAAGGUGCAAAUCUUGUCCACACAAUCUAAUGUGAGCUAGAGAUUUCUUCAUUUUACAAAUAAUCAAGGAUAAGGAGUCCCUGAUGUCUAGGUGUUCUACUAGAUUGCAUGGUAAAAACCUGAGCUAAGCUCAACUGAGUAUCAACUACUGUUUGGUA